UCUAGCAGCUAUUUUACAUUCAAUGGUCUUCAUUUGGUUUAAUACUAAUAUAUAAUUUGGAACAACAUUAUCUGCUAUCCAUGGCCCAGCAUAUCAGAUACAUCAGGGUUUUUCCUUCACAGAGGAAUGUAUGGUCUGCAAUGGUGAGGACUACAAAGGAAAAAUCUCCACCACUGAAAACGGCUUCACCUGCCAACGCUGGGACUCUCAGAAACCUCACAACCAUGACUACCAUCCCAGCAGUCUACCACAAAAGUAUCUUGAGGAGAACUACUGCAGAAAUCCAGAUGGAGAUCCCCGACCAUGGUGCUUCACCACCAGCCCAUUCAAACGGUGGGACUCCUGCGCCAUACCGCGCUGCACUGCUGAACCUUCCACCAUUGUCCCAGAGGUCGACUGUGUCACCGGGGAAGGUGUAGCAUACCGAGGAACAAUUGCUGUAACUGAGUCUGGCAAAACGUGCCAGAGCUGGUCGGCUCAGGUGCCACAUAAACACAACCAGUCCCCAGAAAACUACCCUUGCAAGUAAGAGCUGUAUCCA